GGGCUAUUUGUGUUGUGCGCUCUGAAGAGAGGUUAUGUUCAAAGUUAUAAAUUCCGUUUUUGCGUUUUCAAAAAGUUUCAGAAGCCUUACGGGAAAUUACCACACAUCUCCAGUAAAUGUUACAACAUAUCAGAGCCAAACCAUGAUAGAUAGAUAGCUUAUGCAUCAUGCAGUUUAGGCAACACGUACUCGUACAGCUACACAACGAGUGCACAUCAAGCAAACAACAGCUAGUUCCAAGUUGACAUCUUAUAAGAAAACCUACAUAAUCUCACAAAAAAAACCUAUAUAAUCUUAAAAAACCGACUUAAAGUCACUUUUCAAAAUACUUAAUACCCCUGCCGUAGUAUCGUCCAUCUGGUAAUGUCGCCUUUCUCCGAUACCAGUUUGCAGACGAUUAUCGAAAACAUUUCUCUAUCAUUCGAAGUUUUACGGGCAAAUGUACGGAGAAAUAUGUCUAAUAAGUGUGUAGAAUCAAUUGUUUGAGGUUGGGACCGUAUGAAAGAAAUGAAUUACGUGAUGUCAACGAUAACAAGCAACUCGCUAGUGAUCAUAGACGAACUAUGCCGUUCAACAUCUGUAAAGGAAGGCACCGCUUUGGCCAUUGCGAUAGUGGAAAAGUUACUGCAAUCGUCUGCAUUUGUUUAUGUUACGACGCAUUUUGUUUUGCUGACCAAGCUGUACGAUAUCUACCCGAACGUGAAAAUAUGGCAGAUGGAGACAGUUCCUAUAGGAGACGAUCCCAGAUCAUUCAAAUUGCAUUACAAAUAUUCGCUCCUACCAGGUGUCACGUCUGUCAGGCAAUAUGGAGUUUAUAUUGUCAGGAAUAUUUGGCCUGAUUACGUCAUGAAAUGGGUCGAUGAAAUUCUGCAGAAGAUUACAAAAAAGCCGAAGGCAAUUGAUAUGGCUACAUUGGACCCAAAAUGUCGCCUAAAAUACACCAUAGAAUCAGAAUUUCGAAGACUGAAGAAUAAGCAAGAACUCACAGUACGAGCAAUCAAUGAUUUAUUGAUCACGUAUCAAAACGAACUAUUCAGAUUAGGUUACAACAUAAACAUACAACCGUUUACUGAAAGAACCUUGCAACAACUACCAUGUGAUCAACCCACUAUGAACAAUUACGUUGGAGAAAAUAACAUACAGGUGAUCGAUGUCCCACUAGAUUUAAGACAUCAAGAAAUAGAUUUACAAAGAGAGUACAUCCCUGAACAAUCAAUACAAAGUCAAGAGGCCAACGAAGCAAUUGUAAGCCAGGAAAAAUGGAGAGAGGUAUUCACUCCCGAUUCCUCUCUAUACGAUGAUACCCCGCAAGACUCCCAAUAUGGGGAAGUUUCAAGAUUCAUCGCUGAGGAUCCUCAAAACAUCUUUAAACUGAUGCCAGAUGUUAGUAUUCAUGAAGAAGAUGGAUCUACAAUGCCUCAAGGAAAAUGCAUAGAGGGUGACAGUAGGAUCAAAACUUCAGUUGGGUCAACGUCAACUACUAUCGUUCGGAGAUAUGAUGGAAUGCGAACGUUCCCAUCCAGUUCUCAUACAGAAGAAUCUUCUCUUCCAGUACAGUCCAAGAUUUGUCCUAACUACGAUUUUUAUCAUGAACAACAACAUAACUUAACGUCAGAUGAACUUGAAUCUAUAAAAGAAGAUUUAGAAAUCUGCAGCCAAAUGUUAGUCGAUGACGACGAUUUUAAUGAAGCUAAAUACGUGGAUAGAAAUACUUUUCAAGACCAAACAUUUGAUAUUCCAAUAGAUGAAACCUUUACAAAAACUCAUAAACAACAAAAUGAUGUUUCUGAUCCCGAUGAUGAUCAUUACAAUAAUUUUGCCGCAAAUAUUUCAAAACAUGGACAGAUUGCCGAUGUCUCAAUGACUAAUACAUAUACUGAGUAUUAUAACGCUGGUCAACAACCAAUAUAUGAAAUAAAUGAAGAAGGGACAAUUGAAAAUGACUUUAAGAGAUUGAUGAGUUCUGAAGAAAUCGAAGUCUGUAAAGAUAAUGUACCUCAACCCCAACCCAAUAUAUUCCCUGAAACGUCACCCCAAAUAAACGACCCGCAAUUCCUAUCAAAAAUCAGACCCGAAAAUGCAGAAAGAUAUAAUUUAACAAAUAUCCAGUUUGAAGAAAACACGAUAUUACCGAAACCAUCCAAACAUAAAAAACCUAACUAUUUUUCGAAAAUUAAGAAAUGCGAAGGUGGAAAAAAUAUGGACCAGACAGGCGAAAAGGUUGCAGACAAAAAUGAAGGAAAUACAUUUGCGAAACCAAACACAUACAAAUAUUACUUAUCUCCAAUCCUGGUGAACGUUAUCGAGGGACCAGAUGAAAAAACAUUAUCAAUAGAAGAGGAUGAUUCAAGUACAAAAGAACCAUUUGUACAACCAGGAGAAAUUGACAUUUUAGAACAUAUUAUUUUGACUCCCAAAGGAACUCUUAUCAGUGCUGUCAAUAAAGCGCAGGGUCAUAGAAUUUCAGGAGAUGUGGUUGCUGAAAAUUUGGACUUGCAAAAUGUUGACCAAAAUUAUGAUAUAGAUAAUAGAGAAGUUUGCGAUGAUACGGAAAUUCGUGAAACUGAUGAAGCGGGUUAUGAUGAAGAUAUUACAAGUGAAGAUGCAAACAGUCAAGAAAAUAUUCGAGCUGUGCAACAUGAGAACAAACUAAAGCAGUCCUAUAAGGAAACAGAAUUUGGGAAAGAUCCUGUAACUUGUGAAAUAGCAGCAGUAGAUCAAGAUGAAUCAUUUGAAAGUAUUGCCUGUUCUCAAAAUAAAGUAACUGAAAAGGCGUCCGAUGCAUUGGACCAAUCAACUGCAUCCUUUAAAAGUGUUACUGGAAGAUCGACUGAUUACGAAUCUGCUCAUGAUCAAUUUAACAUUGAAGUACAAAUGUCGUCAGCACAACCUGUAAAAAUCAUUGCAAGGUUCGUUUCUUGUGAUGAUGAAGGAGACGCUAAAGAACAAAUGACCCAUAUAGGAAUUGAUAACAUUGGAGGUCGAGAUAUUCCUGAAGGCAAAAGUUAUAUGAAGGAUAAUCACAAUACUGAAACAAAUAACAAAGUGGAAGAUGAGAAGUUAGUAAUUAUCAAAGAUCAUACCUCAAGUGAAUCAGGUGACAAAAAGGAAUCCUCGAUUGGUGUUACAGAUGCCUCAAGAAUGCGAAAUUUGGAUAAUUGUACAGAUACCUCUGAAGACUCCAAAACCGUCACAGAAGACACAAAAUUCCACACGUCAUGCGGAUCCACUAGCAGCGACAAAAAACGUUCGUCCCCAGUGACCAGCGUAUCGAGUGCAUCGAAAAAGCGCAAUUUGGACCACGUAACGGACACCACAACCAUCACCAUAAUGGAAAAUGAUCACGCCUCAGAAUCCACGAUCACGCCUCGCGAAUCUUCGAACACGAGCAAUUUAAAAAACGAUGAGAGCAAGUCUACAACGGGUGAAGGCAAUUUCAACAUUGUCACCAAACAAAAGAAGAUGACCAAAAGGAAAAAAAUACCUCAAGACCAAUCAAAAACCGAGUCGUCAUUGAAUAGUAAAUUGACCAAACCAAAUUCGAAAGUAACGAAGAAAUUCAUACCUCCCCGAAAACUGUCUGCAAAGGAAAUUCGGGAAGAGUUCGAAAUGCAAGACAAUAAGCUCUUUGAACUAACAAAAAGCACACCUAAUUCAUCAGAUAUGUCCAAGUAUUUGGAGAGGCUGAUGAACAGACCCAGGGUCAAGGAAGUCCAAAAUACGACCCACCUAGCCCUCAUACGGAAAACUGAACAAGGUGUUGAGGUAAUUCCAGCUGAACCUAGCAAGCCCAGGAAAAGAAAGCAAACCGCCUUACGAAAACACUUCUCCAACGAAAACGUCGACAUGUCAAUGUUCAGCGAUAAAAACGCGAGGUGUUUCGAAAAAUUCUUGGAUUCCGACGAGAGAAACUACUCGUCGUUCAGAUUCAAUUUUCAAAAAACCGAAAGCGCUUUCAAAUUUGACCAAAUCGAAAUGAAAGCCGGAGAGUACACAGAUGGCAGCAUAACCAUGUCUUUCACGAGAAAGACGUCUGAGACAAGCGAGAAACCGAUGUUCAAACCUGACUUCAAUUUAGAAAACCAAUCGACAUCAGGUGGUUUCAACUUCCAAGGUUUCAAAACCGAAAUGAGCAAGACUGACAUAAAAUGUGGGCAGUACUCACAAUCAGACAGAAGUGGAAUCACGUCUUUUGUUAGAAAGGCGUCAAAUAUGUCAAUGGAACAAUCCCAAAUGACGUUUAAGCCUGAUUUCUCUAUGUCUGGCAUACAUAAUCAAACAUUUACACCAGAUGGUUAUUUCAAGCAAAACAAAGACGACAUUACUAAUAUUUUAAACAAAUAUAGGCAGCUAAGUUCACAAGAUACAGCAACCGGUGGAAGGUCGAGAAAUAUAUUCGAGUCUUCAGAUUCUAUAAAUUGUGAAGAAUUUAAGUUGUAAAUUGAAUAAGUUGUAAUUGCCAUAUUGUUAUUUUCUGAUUUCGUUCAAAAUAUAGUCUUUGACAAAUA